AAGGAAAAGGAAAGUUUGGAUUGGUUUUCCGGUUUAAUUAUAAGAAGUUCACGUUGGACUGUGAAACCGACUCCCUAAACAAAAUUUGAUUGCAUUGAAUUGAAGAAUCGUCGAUUCCGUCCUUGCUUGGGAAUAUGUCUGUAUAAGAUAGUCUUUUCGGGGUGAAAGAAAAUCAUAACUUUGAGGGUGUGUGAAGUGAAAAACCCUAACUAGCCAGAGAGUAGCCUCACUACAAUCACACUGCCGCCCUCCUCUCUCUUCUCUCAGUUCCUUCACUUCUUCUCCCAAUAAGCUUCCGGCUCACACCAGACAGAGUGACGGUUCGGCUUGGGGUUUGGUUUUAGAGGUUUCCUCUCUCUUUUUCUCUCCCGCUGACCCAGUAUGGAUGGGGAAGGAUCUGCUUCAGGAAGUGGUAGUGCGCUACCGAUCUUUGAUUUGAAUGCUCUACUUGGGAGGCGUACGCUGAAUAAGCACUUCGAGACAGAGAAUCCCUUUGAUAAUAAUAAAAUCACUCCCUUUUAUCAGAGAAUUUUUGGAUCUCUCAUUGAGGCUAUUUCUAUAAUCGAGUCAAGCGGGAUCACUCGUGGUUACCUCCAGCCCGAUCAAAUCAUGGUUGGUGGUGGCCCGUGUACGAGGGCUUGGCUGUUAAAUGAACCAGAGGAGGACAAUCCGACCGCGCCUACCUACAGAGAGCAGUUUGAUUCCCUAGUACGGAUGAUCCUUGGUGAACGAGACUUCUCGAACUUGGAGUUGAAUCAUUUUCUCCACAUCACAGCUUCUGCUGCUUCUGGACGACAGAGUUUAUUCAAUUUUAGGCAACUCCAAUGGCAUCCAGCACUGUUGUCAUCCGAUGAAUUGCCCCAGUUAGUAUACUGUCUGUUUAUUCAUCUCAACAUGAAGGGAACAUCAAGUUGGAAAGAGGACUUCAGACAGAUGAUACAGAGGGAUGUUGAGGUUAGGGACACAGUUCUUGGGGUGGAUUACUUCUCAGAUGUUUACAACUUGGAAGGACCCCAGUACUAUGAAGAGAAUGCACUGGGGGCAUUCCUGUAUUCUGCAAAUGCCAUUUCGGAUGUGAAUGAUUAUAUCCGGAAGUCCUUCAAGCAAUAUAUGAAAGAUGAGGAAAAAGAGAAGAAACUUAUGUCAGUGGAUCAAAUAUUUGAUAUGCUUAUUUCCUUCUUCCCGCACAUGCUUAUUGAUGUGUAUGAUUUCCUUGUAAAGAGGGGCAUUCCAAUCGACACUGUAAUUUGAUUGAUGCAGGGGCAAAGUUUAAUGUCUAGGAAAUGAGUCUUUAUAGUUUCUUCUGAAGAUUUAUGCUACUUUUAAGUCUCCAUAUGUGUAUUAAUAUGGAUCCUUCCAGAUUCAAGUACCAAUUACCGAGGGGCUACUUUGUAAACUUCCAGAGGUUCUUCUGUAAACUUUGUUUUUCAGAAUUUAGACUUCAAGGCAAUAGACCCGAAAAACAUAUUCCGCCCUUUUUAA